AUGUCUUUUCUCAGUUUCUUCUGUUGUCCCUCUAUUUUAAACUUGUUGAAAUCUAUUGUUGAUUUUCAACUUUCUAAUGAGUUGCAUUUCGAUUUCCCGCAGCACUAUUUCCAGAUGGAAGAUGGAGUUGUUCAUGUCUAUGCAAAUAAGGAUUCAAACGAGAAACUUUUCCCUGUUGCUGAUGCCACAACCUUUUUCACUGACCUGCAUCAAAUCCUUAAAGUCAUAGCAGCUGGGAAUAUCCGAACAUUGUGUCACCAUAGGCUAGUUCUUCUAGAACAGAAAUUCAACCUUCAUUUAAUGCUCAAUGCGGACAAAGAAUUCCUGGCUCAAAAGAGUGCACCCCAUCGUGACUUUUAUAAUGUCAGGAAAGUUGACACUCAUGUUCAUCACUCAGCUUGCAUGAAUCAGAAACAUCUUUUAAGGUUUAUAAAAUCAAAGUUGAGGAAAGAGCCUGAUGAGGUUGUUAUUUUCCGAGAUGGGACAUAUCUGACCUUGAAAGAGGUCUUUGAGAGCCUGGACUUAACGGGGUAUGACCUGAAUGUUGACCUAUUAGACGUCCAUGCUGACAAGAGCACCUUUCAUCGUUUUGACAAAUUUAAUUUGAAGUAUAAUCCUUGUGGUCAGAGUAGGCUGAGAGAGAUCUUUCUGAAACAGGAUAAUCUUAUACAGGGUCGGUUCCUCGGUGAACUCACUAAGCAAGUUUUUUCUGAUCUGGAAGCUAGAUUCAUUUUAGUUCCUUUUGUGGGCGGGUUGGGGAAUGGGGAUGGGGAUGGGAGGGGAGUGCUAUUUGUGCUUGCUCUCAGCAUGUAUAGGAUGAAGGCUGAUUUUAGCAAUGGAAAAUGUGUAGAAAAUGGCCAUUAUUUCGACUUUGAUGCCUCCACUGGAUUGAUGUCUGAUUUCAUAGCCUACCAUAGGAUUGGAUUGGAUUGCACUUUGAUGCUGGAUUCCAUCCACAGACAAAAGCAUAGUUUAAUUGUCGAUUUAAGGCAUAAGAAGGCCACUUCCUCUAUUAACCAAAGUACCAAACCCCACCAUAAAUAA